CACGCGCUGCGUGAAUAGAGUCUGCGCAAUUCGGUUGUUCUCGUCACUCCGAACUUUCGGGAGAACCACGGAGGAAGGAGGGGAGAACAGCGCCAUUUUCCUGAUCCUGUGCAGUCAGCCAGGCAUCUCGAGUCCCAACUGGGAGCUGGAUCAGGAUUGGCUAGUCGUGGAGGGCGUUGAAUUUGGACUCGGUCUCUCUUUUAGUGGGCGGUCCGAAGCGGCGGUGGAGCCAUGUCAGCCACGUGGCAUGAGGAUGAUGAGGAGUUGAAGUUGGGAGGAGUAAAAGGAGGAUUGAAAGCCAAACCAAGGUUCUCCUUCACCGAGGUCAAACUGCUGCUGGAGGCGGUGAAGAGGAACAGAUACAUCAUCCUCAGGAAGUUUAACCAGGGUGUGUCGGCUGAAACCAAGAAACAGACGUGGGCUGAAAUCACCAAUCAGAUCAACGGUCUGGGAGAGAAUCACAGAGAGGUGCGUCAGAUCAUGAAGAAAUGGGCGGACCUCAAAUGUGAUGGGAAGCGACGCAUUGCAGCCAUGCGGGGUCCCAACGGCGCCACCCUGAGGAAGAAGAAACUGGGCCCAGUGGAGAAGAUGGUCCACAAGAUACUGAUGAUGAGUCCCAGAGGAGAUGGCGACAGUGAUCUGGACUUUGGAGAAGAUGAUAAUUUCUCAAAGAUGUACAGUAAAGGCCUGCCCUCAAACACUUCCCCCUACUCCUACCUCAGCUUGACAGACGGCACCCACACUUUACCGGGAGGACCCUCCUUUGACCUUUCACCCCUCUCUUCACCUGAGAAGGAACUUGGUGGAGAUCCUUUUCACUCCUCCUCUGACUUUGACCUGGGUGAUGAUGGAGAACACAUGAUGGAUUUUGAUGAAAACGAUGACUCCAUGUUCUCAUACCCUUCCGUUCUCCCGCCACCCUCCACCUCCCUCGAACCCCUGCCCGAUGACGCCCUGACGAGGGUCAAGCCCGUCUACACGUACUCCCGAAGCAACAAUGGCCAGAGCCAAACCCUCAUCCAGAACAACUCUUCCCCCUCCAACAGACCUCCACCUGGACCUUCCUCCUCCUCUGUGGCUUCCACAUCCUCUGGUUUCCGUUCAGCAUCUAAUUCAGAAGCUGCUUCGUGCUCUGCUGCUCCCCCACCAUCACAGUCCCCCACCGCCUCCAACAGGCCAGCGUCCACCCUUCCUGCUCCCUCUUCAUUCCUUCCUCCAUCAUCUUCCUCUACACCUGCUGCAGCCAAUGGUGCUGCUUCUCACCCUCCGCGCUUCUCUACCUCAGUCCCCCCACCAGCUUCCUCCACUUUUCAAUCCCCCACUGUCACCUCUGCCCCCAUCUCUUCCAGCAGCCGGCCUCCUCCAUCCUCCUCAGUCUUUCCACCCAGUCCUCUCUCCACCUCAGGCUCAAACCCAUCUGAACCCCUCCCAGCUGGAGCAUCCUCAUGCAGGUCACGGGACCAGGUGGCCCAGGUGGCUUCUCAGAGCCUGCAGCAGCAGCGGGCCAGCAGGAUGCUCCUGACCUCAGUGUCUCAGUCUCUGGAGACGUUAGCUCAGUCGGUCCAGCUGCUUGUGGAGAGCCAGCAGGAGUUUGUGCAGGAGUCCUUGCAGCUCCAGAGGGAGACCGUGGACAUCCUGAGGGAUUUCUCGAACACUGCGCUUACCAUGCUGAGAGACAAGGCCAGCAGUGGGCAGCUGGGCCACCAUCACCACCCCCGACAUCAUCCCGCCUCGCACUUCUGAAAACCUGAGGGAGAAAUGUCAGGUUUUAGCAGUACGAGGACCUUCUCAUCAGUCAGGAGUCGUUCUGAUUAGUCUUCCUGGUUGAAUCACGAGAUGAAAGAUAUUUGAUAUUCUCAGCCGCUGAGGCUGCUGGACACAAAAGCUGCUUUCCACUGGUGACACGAGCACACGCAGAAUUCGGCUCAGAGCUCAGAUUUUAUUUAUGUGCCUAAAUCCUGUUUGUUUUUCUUUUCUAAUUUUAUUUGUGUCAAAUACUAAAUGUUUUCCACACUGUAAUAAUCAGCAUUUAUGAAAGAUGGUGCUGAGCUGCUGUAAUCUCACGACUGCCGUGGACAUUUCCACACAAACCCAGAGCGACUGAGUGGAAUUACAGAAGACGAUACACUACAUGGUGCAAAGGCACGAGUUUGAUUUGAUUAUUUAACUUCCUGAGUGCAGUGGAGCACGAGAGGAAAUGAACAAAGACACGAAGGUUUCAGGAGAAUACAGAAGACGGACGAUGCGUUCGAUCUCCCGGGCGAGCUCAGAGUGGCGGUACCAAGUGCUGUUAAACUCAAUCAGCUCGACUCGGACCAGCUCCUGUCCUUUCCACUAAUCUGAAACGCCAGUGGGGUAACACCUGUGGACAGGUGGUAGUGGUGGUUUCUAUCUAUGAUGCAACAACCAGAACUUUAGUCAAUUAGAAUAAAUUGAGCAGAAUGAACCUGUUUUGUUUGGGUUACUGCUGAAUUUCGCUGCUGCUGCUGAUGAAACUUUAGCUGUAAUUGACCAGUGGACGAACUGAGUCCUUUGUCCUCAUUAAAGACAAACUGUUCUCUUUUGGUAA